AUGCCAGACUCACUGCAAGUAGCCCUGAAGAACGACUCUGACUCGGAGAACAUCCAUGCCUACGUUGUAAGUAUAGCCAUCAAGCACGACGGCAAGCGCUGCCUUCUCAAAGCCAACGGCAAGGAUCUAUACUUCCCUACUGAGGUGAAGGACAUUGGCUCCUCUCUGCAAGAAGACUGCGCUAUUCCACUUGGCGCACCGGGCAACACAACAAACAUCACCAUCCCUCAAAUCGCUGGUGGAAGGAUAUGGAUUGUAGACGGGAAGCUCACAUUUCUGCUGAACCCUGGAGGGCCUGCGUUGGUCGAGCCAAGUGUGCUGAAUCCCAGUGAUCCUAAUCACGGAGUGAGCUUUGGAUUUGCAGAGUUCACGCUCAACGACGCACAACUAUACGCCAACAUUUCGUAUGUCGACUUUGUCCCCAAGAUACCCAUCGCCAUCAGCCUGCAGCAACAUAGCGGCGAGGAGCAACGUGUCGCCGGCAUGCGCCCCGACGGUCUCGACCGCAUGGCCGAUUCUCUGCGCGAGCAAGCUCAGAAAGACGGCCGCCCGUGGGACAAACUUGUCGUGAAUGAAAACGGUCAGAACCUUAGGAUCCUGAACGCCACCCACGGCGGCGCAGUCGGCGCCGACUUCUCCGGCUACUUUGAGCCUCUCGUCGACCAAGCCUGGGACAAGUACGCCAACUGCAAAUGCCGCGUCAACACCCAAGCCGGGCCCGGCGUGCUCGAGGGCCACAUCACAUCAGCGGGCAAGCUCAAGAUUGGCGACGAGGAGUUCGAAAAGCCCAACACUGCGGACAUCCUCGGGUGUAACUCGGGGCCCUUCACGACUGGCCAGUCACCUGCUCGCAAUGCCAUUAUCCCACGCCUGGCGGCGGCGUUUGUGCGCAGCAGCAUCACAGAGACGCAGGACCAUCCAAGCCAGCCGCAUACGUUCUACAACCGCGAUCCAACGAACCACUACGCGAGGCUGGUGCACGAGCACAACGUCGACAACAAGGGCUACGCGUUCGCAUACGACGACGUGCAGCCCGACUCGGGCGACGAUCAAUCCGGCAAGGUGAAUGCUGGCGACCCGAAGCUCUUCAUCGUCAGCGUGGGAGGUAAGAGUGCAGGGCAGGGUGCACCCGCGCCCGCGCCCGCACCACCGCAACACGAACAGCAGCAGCAGCAGCCUCAGCAGAGUGCAAAUCCACCCCCGCCGCCUCCGGCUGGUGCAGCGCCGGCGGAGAAGAAGGGCUUUGGGGAUCGAUUGUUCGAUCGCGCCAAGGGCAAGGCAAAGGGCUUUCUGCAGCGUUAG